AUGUCUACCGAAACUUCGAACCGAACGCUGUACUUCCUGGAAAACUCGCGCGCAUUCCGCGUAGCCUGGCUGCUGGAAGAGCUCGAGCUGCCGUAUACGCUCAAGCACUAUGCUCGCAUCGAGGGCAAGCGGGCUGUUCCAGAGCUCAAGUCGGAAUCCAACAACCCACUUGGCAAGUCUCCCUACCUCGUGGACGGUGAUGUGUCGCUCGGCGAGUCAGCGGCGUUGGUCAAGUACCUCAUUGAGCGCUACGGCCCGCAACGGGGGCGCACCGACCUGCUUGGCGCCGAGGGGAACUGGCAGGAACGAGGCGACAUCGAAGCAUGGAUCUCAUUCAGCGAAGGUAUGAUGGUUCACACCCUCGCGGCUAUCUACCCCCGCUGGUUUGCCGAUGAUGCGACAGCGAAGAACAUCGAGACCAAGAUGAGCGGCAAUAUUCAGAACAACCUCAACUUGCUCGAGUCCGCACUGGCGAAGCAGGGCGCAGGAGGAUAUCUGGUCGGAGGAAGACUCACCGCCGCAGAUGUCAUGUGCGCCUUCUCGGCGGAGUACACCUUCUGGAUGGACACCGGGAUCACGAACGAGGGCAAGAAGAAGGAGGACUGGCCCAACACAGUGGCCUGGCUCAAGGGGCUCGCCAAGCUGCCCAGCUACCAGAAGGCGCUGCAGAAGGGCGCUACGCACAAGUUUGCCCUCAUCGAAUGA